CCUGCAUGCCUUAGAAAUCAAUCCAACAAACAAUCUACUUUUGCAAAAUAGUCAAUUCAGUUUCAAUAAUACAACAAUGGCUGCCUCUUCAAUGGCAUUGUCUUCCCCCUCUUUCGCCGGACAGGCUGUCAAGUCCACCCCCGAAAUCACCGGCAAUGGCAGGAUUUCAAUGAGAAAGACCGCCGCCAAGCCCAAGCCCGCCUCAUCGGGCAGCCCAUGGUACGGCCCUGACCGUGUCAAAUACUUGGGCCCAUUCUCCGGGGAGGCCCCUAGCUACCUCACCGGCGAAUUCCCCGGGGACUACGGCUGGGACACCGCUGGGCUUUCAGCUGAUCCCGAAACAUUCUCCAAGAAUCGUGAACUCGAAGUAAUCCACUCUAGGUGGGCCAUGCUUGGUGCUCUUGGUUGCGUCUUCCCCGAACUAUUGGCCCGCAACGGGGUCAAGUUCGGUGAGGCCGUCUGGUUCAAGGCCGGAUCCCAAAUCUUCAGCGAGGGCGGGCUCGACUACUUGGGCAACCCAAGCUUGGUCCAUGCACAGAGCAUAUUGGCCAUUUGGGGUUUCCAAGUUCUUUUGAUGGGAGCUGUUGAGGGCUACAGAAUUGCCGGUGGGCCCCUCGGUGACGUGGUGGACCCACUUUACCCGGGUGGUAGCUUCGACCCGUUGGGGCUCGCUGAGGAUCCGGAAGCUUUUGCUGAGCUAAAGGUUAAGGAGCUAAAGAAUGGUAGGCUUGCAAUGUUCUCAAUGUUCGGAUUCUUUGUUCAGGCUAUUGUUACCGGAAAGGGCCCGUUGGAGAACCUUGCCGAUCACCUUGCGGACCCCGUUGGCAACAACGCUUGGGCCUUUGCCACAAACUUCGUACCCGGAAAGUGAAGUUCACGUACUAGAGUGUAAUGUAAUGAAUUAAGGAUGAUGUAAAGUUAUUGUGAAUUAUUCGAAUAUUAUAUAAUAUAUAUAAUGCUAUUUAUUUAUAUGGGACAUUUUUUUCUU